AUGGCGCCUGGUUUUUUGUGUGUGCGAUAAAAUUAUUGUUUUCGUAAUAUUGAAAUGUGUAGUUGAGUGUUAAUGUUUUUAUGUUGUUUAUAUUAUAAUAUAUAAAAUGAGGUACUAUUACACGAUAAAUAUGCAAAAAAUUAAUAAGUUUAAGACAGAUUACGUGUGUGUCAAUCAUGUCUGCAGCGUCCUAUACCGCCUUUUUUACUGACUUCAUUGGUCUAAUUUAGUAGUAAUCGACGUUAUUUUUUCACGUAAAAUCAACAAAAGUUUGUUAACUAUUAUUUAUCAGUGUAUGUGUUAUCAAAUAUAAGUGUUUAUGCGGCGUUGUGUUUUUGAUGGGUGCGUUUUGCAUUAGUAGUUGUGAAAGCGUACAUAUAGGUAAUGGUCGAACUGUCAUGAGGAGUAGUGUUUACUAUCGGGACUGUGGACUUGUGUUGGUUAAUUUGUUUAUCGGCGCGACAUAGGAUUUUGUUGUCAACAUGUGUAUGCCAACGCCGAGCAAUGUGUCGGGCUUCGGUUACUCGUGGGGCUUUACCAGCUCCGCCGACCUGACGAAGGGCGAGGUGGAAACUCCAAGCAGUUUAAGUUAUACUUUAGGGAACACGAUUUCACCCGAAACCACACUGACGGUUAUGUCACAUAAGUCACCGCAAGUGCAGGAGAAAGUUGGCACAGUAGUAGCUGUGUCAAAUGCAGCACAGGUGACCAGGGUGGUGGCUACAGGUACUCCAGUCACCUCACGGAGGAUGUUUGUAGUGAGUGAGGCGCCAGCACACACACUGAACAGGGUCUCACAACAAAACCAGACUGCUACAAUACAAACAACAAAUCUUGGUCCUAAACAAUUUCUCACACCCAUCGGACCUAUCCAGUUAACAGCAGAAGAAUGCAACGAAAUCUUAAUGAAAAGAGCGCUGCAAGCACAGGGUAUAGCUACACCGGUGAUAGAUGCAUCACAACUCAACCACACAUUGUUAAACGGCAGCCUAAAGACAAUAACGGAAGUAGCCCAGAGCCAAGCUGACACCAUACAAACCACAACAGUACAUCAACAUAAUAUGCUGCAUACUAAACAAGAACCAGGAACUGCAAAUAAUUCACCCAAAGUUGAGGCGGUGUAUUCACAGACGGAGGUGCUGGGUGGUGCAGUGCUGCUGGCGGGGCAUGCACCUGCCCCCACUGCCGGCGUCAAGGAGCGCCCCUACUCCUGCGACGAAUGCGGCAAGUCAUUCCUUCUCAAGCAUCAUCUGACCACGCAUGCAAGAGUACACACAGGGGAGCGGCCGCACGUGUGCGCGCACUGCGGCAAGGCGUUCGCGCGCAAGCACUGCCUCAACACGCACCUGCUGCUGCACUCCGCAGACCGCCCCUUCAAGUGCCACGAGUGCAAGAUGGCCUUCACGCUCAAGCAUCACCUCGUCACGCACUCCAGGGUGCACAGCCGCGGGCGGCCGUUCAUGUGCGGGGAGUGCGGGCGCGGGUUCCCGCUGAAGCGACACCUCGUCACCCACAGCAAGUACCACGCCGGAGAGCGCCCCUACGUCUGCAGCGACUGCGGCGAGAACUUCGCGCAAAAGGAGCACCUGGUGAUGCACAGCAGGUUUCACGGGUCGCUGUCACCGUUCGUGUGCCCCGACUGCGGCGCGGCGUUCGCGCGCAAGUUCCAGCUGGUGAACCACGGGCGCGCGCACGGCCGCGUGCCGCACGCCUGUCCCGUCUGCGGCAAGGAGUUCCUGCAGAAGCGCACGCUCGUCGCACACAUGAAAAUCCAUACAGCAGACGGCGUUGUUGCGUGUUUCGAAUGCGGUGAAGCGUUCAAAAGUAAAUCAGAGCUACAUCAGCAUUGCAAGAUAACGAGGCACUGUUUGAGCACCUCGCAGACGAAUCAGCAACAACAACAACAACAACAACAACAACAAACUACUGUGAUAAAACAAGAUGAUUUUAAACCACAAAUUGUUCAGGUGAUCGGUGCGGACGGACAAAUACUGUCAGAAAAAAGCGGCCCCAGCUACGUGUGUCCCGAGUGUGUUUCAUGUUUCAAUACUAAGGAGGCGCUGUCGCUGCACCUGCGGCUGCACGCGGGCGACCGCACCUGCGUCACCGACCUGUGCGCGCUCACCGCCGCGCUCCAGCCCGGACUCGUCGCCGCGCACCACGCCGCCGCCGCGCACCACCCGCCCCAACACUCACAACCGAUCCAAAUAAUAUCUUCAAAUCCCAACAAUGUGGUACAUACGCAAGUUAUAGCGCCGAACCAGCACAUAACUCCGCCGCGGCCUAAGAUUCACUUUUGUGCGGAUUGUGGGAAGGGUUUCGCGGCUAAGCACGGACUGCAGGCGCAUCACAGAAGACACCCGGACGGCAGCUGCACGUUGCGCACGCACGUGUGCGACCAGUGCGGCAAGGCCUUCUUCCAGAAGAACCACCUCAUGCUGCAUCAGCGGCAGCACAUGGACCUGCCGCCCAGGAAUUCACAAGUACAACAGGCGACGCAGCAAGCGCAGCAGCAGGCCGCGCAACAAGCAGCGCAGCAAGCCGCGCAGCAGGUCGCGCAACAAGUCGCGCAACAAGUGCAGCAACAACAACAGCAGCAGCAGCAGCAACAACAACAGCAGCAACAACAACAACAGCAACAACAACAACAGCAACAACAACAGCAGCAAGAGCAUCACCAGAAUAACCUCGAAAUGGACCAGCAAGAGCACCAGCAACCCACGCACAUACAAGUUGUGACGAACCGGUCGGGGCAGGUGAUCGGCAACCACAUCCUGGUGGGGUCACUGGGGGGCGUGCAGCGGCGCGUGUUCGGCACUCCGCUACACGUGAUCGGGCGCGACGGCAAGCCGCUCACCGCGCACCACGCGCCUCAGAAGACUGCCGCAGCGAGGCACCACGCCAACACCGAUGUGAAGGAGGUGGGCGGGCUGGUGCUGUCUACGGGCCGCAGCGGCCUCAUCAAGUACGAGAUCUCCAUACCGCCCACGCCCACCGUGCUGCAGGUGCAGCCUAUGGACUGAGACCUACCACAGCCACGGUAGGCCCUCGCCGUCACAGCUCUACCUAUGCUGGUGACGCGCCAUGGGCUGCUCGUGUGCCCGCUGAAACUAUCAAAUCAUUGACGUGCAGAUCAACUUACGUCGGUGUCGUCGUGUGAAGCUACUGCCAUCGAUUGUGACCCCCAGUAGCAAGCGCUCCGGUUUGAGUUGCGGCUCAACUUACGCUGGUUGUCCGCGCGAAUUUUGGACUGGUAGUUCGUUGAAACCAUAGACGCCAGACUCUUGGAGACCUACCUUGUGGCUUAAAGUGCGGUUCAACUGACGGUGGUGAUCAAACCUUCGUUAACCCACUGAGUGGCUUGAAGUUCAACUUGUGUUGGUCUGGGCGUAUGAUGGACGCAUCCACCGUUACUAGACCCUGAUACAGUGAUAAUGUGAUUCAAAGUGUGGUUCAACUUACGUUGGGUGGAACAUAGACUUGGUUGCCGGUUAAAUGGAAGUAUUAAAGAAUUUAAUGGCGCGCAAUUAACAGGACCGAUAAAAAUUAACCACAUUGCAUGGUAUCUGAAGAUGUUUAUUUUGGGCCUAGUUUAAUUAUUUCUCAGUUUUAAAUGGAUUUUAACAACGCGCAGUAAUGAAGUGAUUUGAAUAAUAAAUGUGAAAAUAAAUGGGAGAGCUUUAUUUGAACAGUUUUCAACAAAAUUUUACAAUAAAUAUUUAUGUUUUUCAUGAAUAUUGUUCAGAAAUAACUACAUGUUUUAUAUUGAUGGCAAUAAUUAAUUUUCGGUCGUGUAUUAUAGUCGGGGUGCUCUAAAAUUUAGGGCAUAGAAGUUAGUUUGUAAAAAGACAGAUGUUGUGUUAGUUCAGUGAUCACUUAGUUUAGUUUAAGUAUAUAAAUACAUAGUGUACAUAUCAUGACGUUUUUGUAAAGGCUUCGGCCGCGGUUUUUGUAAAAACUAUGUACAAUCGUAGAAGUAAAUACAGGGCGGUAUAUCGCGCACGCAUUUAACAAUUAAAUAUCAUUUUUUUUUAAUUUAACGGUUUUUGUGUUAAGGUUAUAAGUACAUAAUGAUUUUACGUGUCCAGAAGGACGUCGCGGUGCAAUUGGAUGGUUUUUAUUUUAGAUCUGACAGUGAAUUUAUUUAGUAUAUGAUCCGCUCCAUUAUAUAUAUAAAUCAUAUUAAUAUUUCGACGGACUAACAGUAUGUAUAUAAAUAUGUUUUUCGCAUCCCGUUUGGAUGAAUUUAAUGCAUUAUGUGCCUUGUGUCCUUUGACACCUUUUAAUAUUUUUAAAGUCGUGAGGGAAUUUUGCUGUAUGGUAAAAUGGACUUGUAUGUGUGUGUCAAUGCAUGUUGUAACGUCAAAGCAAUAAACAAUGUUCCAGUCAAGUAAUUAAGUCUGACGAAAUUGUCCAGUCACAUGAUAUGAGUACAGUACAGACAGAGACCCUCUACAAAUUUUAUUCAGUUGUUUGUUUUUUGUAUCUAGUCCGGAAUAAAAGAUGCUAUGUGGUUGUCUUCUUAUGUAUAAAAAAAUUCUAUAUGAAAUAAAAAAAGAAAUAUUUAUUUUUCAUUUUUGUAGCACAAACUAGAUUUUAAAAAUAUUUUUUAAGUUGAGAAUUUAUAAUUAUUGGUCCGCAACUGCAUAGUGUCUUAGAGAAUUUAUUCAAAAUUGUGUUUGUGACAUAUAUUUUCAUCCAAAGCCAUUGUUUGACAACUGACAGCUGUCACAGUACUAUUUUUUGUGUUAAAAUAGUACGUAAAGAGGAUACUUACUGUUCAAAGUCUGUAGCCGUUUGCUAUUUUUUUGUAUGUUUAAUAUUCUUUUUAUUAGACUACUGUCUCAGGAAAAAGACAAAGUUUAUAAAUAAAAAGAUGACAUUAUCUAUAAAUUUAACAAAAUGAUCUAUAAAACAUUGAUGGUUUAGAACACUAAAAUUAUUGUUUUUUGACAUGUGUCAAAGUGUGACAGCUGUCAGUUGUCAGCCAUGUUGCGCGCCAAAGGUGAAGGCGAGGGAGGUGAAGGGGGCGCGACGCAUGCAGUAUUAUUUGUUUGUGGUGACGUCAGCAAGCGGCAUCAGACGGCAAACUCGUCAGCUGUAUUAUAUUUGAAAUCCGUUUCCGCAAGUCAAGGGAUGCAACUUCGCCAUCUACUUAUUUUGUAAAUACAUAGUGGAUAUCUAUAAUUUUUUAUAUUAAAUGAGAAUAUACAUAUUA